CAUAAAAAACUAAAGCAAUAAACAUUUGUAACUAAAUGACGCUGUAAUCGUUACCAAUUCAGGCUACCAGGAAAGCAACAAGAUGUGGCAUGACGGCAUCACGUUGCUCCUGCUCCUCCUGGCGGCAGCUGCGCACACAUUGCCAAACAGUGAACAUGUUCCUCCACUACCUCAAAUCAUAAGCAAAAACACAAACACAAACACAACAAAUGAAACCCAAACUAGCAACAUUAACAAAGUGCCUACAUCUGCCGGCUAUAUGUCGCUGCAGCAGACGCCUGCGAGUGUUUUCUUCAUCAACUACAAUCAGCAAAAUGUUGUGCAGCUGAGGCACAAUGUGGAAAAUAAAUUGCACAGCAUACGCAAUGUGGAAAUGCUUGUCACAAAAAUCCAGGAAAUCUUCGACUCGAUACAUUUUGCCAGCUCGGUGACCACGCGACUGUCGUCGUCGGGGGGCAAUGGAAACGAGAGCGUGCAGCAGGAUCUGCAAGCAUUUAGCCAGCGUCUGGGACGAAAACUGCAAAGAGCCACGCAUGUUGUCCUGCAAUUGCGCGAUCUGUUGCGUUUUAAUGUGAGCAAGGUGCUCCUGCAGCAGCACAGCUCCGAUGAAGAUGCUGACGAAGAGGUGGAGAGUGAAUUUGACUUUGAAAUGGAUGAUGCGGAGGGCAGCAAUCCCGCCACAAACAGCGAGCACAUGCAUUUCUAUUUGAACACACAAAUCGAGAACUGCCAGCCGGACUAUGAUGGCAAUGUGGAUGCAGUAGCCGUGGCUUCUGCCCACUACAAUAAGCAGCAGAUACAGAUCCUAAACUAUCUCAAGUCGGAUGAGGCUUCACGUGCCACAUUCCUCAAUGAGAACAAUGCGCGAUCACUGGAAGCCAAUAGCUAUAUCGACGAUCAAUUAACGCUGCUGAGGCAGCGCCUAAGCACUACGCCCAGCGACGAGUCCAGCUAUAGCAAUCACAAUCACAAUCCCAAUCCCAAUCCUAACAACAGCAACAAGGCCAGCAGCAAUGUAAGUCAUUUUAAGCACAUAUAUUUCCUCUCCAGCAGCGAUGCUGCUCCAGGCAGUGCUUACUUUCGACGGCUCUACGUGUCAGCCAUUAAAAACAAGUUUGUGCUGCUGCUCAUCGAUGUGGGAUCUGCGCUGAAUGCGGAACUCUUUGAGAUCACAAAGAACUUUGUUCAAGAGGUGCUACUCUUGCUGGAGGACACCGAUUAUAUAUCCUUGGUGACCAUAUCCAGCGAGGCGGACUUUAUGUUCCUGGAUGCGUUUCCCGCAGACGCAGCACAUGGCAUCUAUACUGCAACGCGUGCCCACAAGGAUGAGAUACUUAGCUAUGUGAAUAACUUGAGUUUGGGUCGUGGCAUGACCAAUCAUACGUUGGGCUUUGAGUAUGCCUUUCAGAUGCUGCAUCGACUGCAGCAGUCGCGGCUAAUAAACAGCUCCGAGCAACCCAUUGAGUUUGUCUAUGUGACUCGGGGUCUGCUCACAAAUCUCUCGGAUGCGAUGCACGUGCUGCGUGUCUUGGCCCAUGGACAGAGUCGUCUGCUCUCGCCGGUUAUCAUUAAUACCUGUGCCGUGGUGCUCGACGAGAAGCGCAUCAUGUAUGAGAAACAGUUCCUCAGCGAUGUGGCCACCCAAAACUAUACCAAGUUCGAUAUUGAUGUGCGCACCUGGCUGCCACCUGGAGAGGAGAUACAAUUGGCCGGUCGCUUCUUUGUGCUGAACAAGAUGCAUUCGGAGACGAUACCGCAGGCGAGCAGUCGUGUCUUUGGCCAGCUCUUCGCAGAGCGUUUCCUCACCGACACCCUGGAGGUGCAUCAGCCCGUUGUGGAUGCGGAAAGUGGUGAUGUCCUUGUGGCCAUAACGCACGCAGUGGCUCCCUACGGUAUCGUUGGCGUUAAUUUGUAUUUAGCUGAUCUGUUGGAGGAUCUGCUUAACUAUCCGAAUGCUUCACCGGCGGCCAAACAGGGUUUUAGCUAUGCAUUUCUAUUGGAUCGCAGCAGUGGCAACACUUUGGCACAUCCGGCCUUCCCACGACCGCUCAUCCAGCGUGAGACGGCAUAUCCCGUGAAUAUUGCGUAUCUCGAGAAUGCAACCGAUUUUGUUAGCAUUCGGAAGCGUCUGCUGCAUGAGGAGCGCGGAAAUGCCAGCACCACCAUCUAUCUGGGACGUAAACAGCAGCUGCUGCGCACCUACCACUGGCAAUCCGUGCUGGGCAUCUAUGUUCUCUGUCUGGUGAGCACGGCCAGCAUUAGCAACAAUGCUGCCCACAAUGCAACAACUCCGCUGCAGCGUGGCUACAAUCGCAAGGAUGCCGUUGUGAACUUCGAUUCGGGCUUCUAUGGCGACACUAUGGAUUUGUUAUACCAUCGUUUGGAUUUGAAGCAGAAUGGCGCGAGUGGAAUGCCAACAACAUGCCGCUACUUUAGACAGCUGGCCACAAUGGAUGCGCCCACUUUGUUUCUGAGUGCUGCCGCUUUUAAUUCGCCCUUUGCAUUUCUGCACAAUAAUCGACCGCGCACGCAGCUGCGUCAUGUGGAGUCCAUUAUGGCUUAUCUGCGCGAUGCGAGCCGCCUGCUCGCUAAUCCCGGCCUGGGUCCGCGCAUACGCCAUGAAGUUGGCGUCUUAAAUAAGGCCAUGCAGCAGCUGCGACGUCGCCAUCAGGACACGGGGGGAUCGCUGCGUGGACAUAUCAUCAGACGCUACAUAGCGAGUGUGAGUGGUGUGCUGCAAUUGUAUCCAGGCUGUUUGUUGAGCAGUAACUACGAUGCCACUCGACGUACAUGGUUCCGACAGGCGAUGGCACAGCCCGGACGCAUUGUGAGCACGGCUCCGUAUCUGGAUGCCGGUGGAGCCGGCUACAUUGUGACCAUAGCGCACACAAUAUUCGAAGGCAAGGCGGAUGCGUUGCACUCCGCACAACAGGAUCGUCCGGUGGCUGUUGUUGCACUGGAUGUGCCCUAUGCCUUCUACUAUCGCCUGAUCCUGGACAGCACCCCGCUCUGCCAGCUGCCGCACAUGAAGUGUCUGCUCUUCGACCACGAGGGCUAUUUACUCGCACAUCCCAGCAUGCUGCAGGUGUCGAGUUCCACACGCAAUCCGCGUCGUCCGCACGAGCAUCUGACGCACAAGGAAUCCUAUCUGGCCAACGAUAUGUUGAAUCAUGGUCAGCUGGUACGCAAAUUGGGCUGUGCCAGCUAUCAGAAUCGUACACUGCAACGCUACUAUGCCUUCAACACAUCGCUCUCGACCAUUCUGGGCAAUGUGGUGCACGGGGAGCGAACCAAAUAUGCCAUUGCCCUGAUCCGUGGCAGCAAUCUAUUUGCAGCGGUGCUCAACUCGAGCUGUGAUGGCGGCGCCUUCUGUCCGUGCAGCACCAUCGAUCGCGUCUGCCUCAAUUGCAAGCGCAUGGAUCAAACGGAUUGCGAGUGCCCCUGCGAGUGUCCAAUGCUGACCAGCUCCGGUGACGCAGAUCCUGAUGGAUAUGCAAAUUAUACACAUCAAUUUCCAUAUUGUGCACCGCCCAGCGAACAUUUCCUCGCAUUGCCGCCGACCAGCCAAUUGUUGAGUGCCCUGCCCAGCUGUGCAGCGGCAACUGUGGCUGGCAACUGUGAGGUGUAUGCCACGCAGCGGGAGUGCCUGGGCAUCAUGGGUUGCGAGUGGUGUCAACAGGAUGUGGAGGACAAUAGCUUUGGUGCCGCCUUCUGCUCAAACCAGGCGGGCUGCUUUAAUGGUGUGCUCGCUUCGCUGACGCCGUAUGGUGAGCUCGAUGAACUGGAAAUGCUGGCGGCGCAUAAUCCCCAGCGGGAGCAGCAUGCGUAUUCCGCGUUUGGGCCACUUGGUGGUGCGAUUGUUGUGCUCGCCAUGGUGAUUGGCUUUGCCAUUUAUUGCUAUCGGCACAAUCUGGACACACAGGUCCAGGAACAGUUCUAUGUGGAUUCGGUGCAGGAGGAGAAUUAUGGUUUGCCGCUGUCCCGUUUCAAUUUCGAUGAUUGCCAGACGCAUGAUGAGCCGCCCAUGGGUGGCUAUGAUCAUUCUGCGGCACAGCGUCAACUGAUGCAUGCCGCUGACAUCUCACCAUAUCACAUGUCCAGCGGCAGCAGCUACUAUCGACGACCGCCGAACGGUGAAUCGGAUCAUGGCUACAGCACGAUGACGCCGCACGAGGAUAGCUCCGAUCAGCAGUGCUUUACGCUGGCCGAGCCGCUGCUGCUGCACGAUAAGCGUCACAGUAAAUCGGAUACCAUGUCCAUAUCCACAUCCAUAUCGAGUCCCACAAAUCGCCAGCAAUCGUCCACAAAUGCGACGCAUCCAUAUUUAAGCAAUCAGCCCGUCUCUAAAACGGAGCGCUACAAGCAACAGCAGCAGCAGCUGUCACAAGCGACGCCAUCGCCAUGUCGUGGAGCAACUGCGUCGACUGUUGUUUAUGGACAGACAACGCUGCCACUGGAUGCGGCCGAGGAGCAGCGUUCCCACUAUAUCCUGGCACCGGUCACGGUGCAUCGGCAUAUGGAGACAGCCGAAUCGUAGUCCCAGUUAGUUUGUUAAGUUUCCCCCAAUUAACGAUUAAGACGUCCGCUUGUUUGCCAAUUUUUGAUUUGUUUUUUGUAUAUGGGGUUCAGUUAAACUGUCCCCGUACGGUUUGAGCAGCACUGCUACAGUUUGGGCAGUGCCAAAAACCUACACACACCUACACAAACGAACACACACUACAAAAUGCCAGCCAAUUUAAAAAUAUGUAUUUGUAAAUCGUUUAUAAGUAUUAUCGUUAUUUAACUCUGCCAUUUUUUGUCCAGUCUACACGCGUAACUGUUGUGUAACUGUAACUGUAAUUUAUUGCAAAAGAAAAGUAUUAUUAUGCAGCUACUACUUCCAAUAUUUUUAGCAUUUAUAUAUAUUUAAAUAUAUAUAUAUAUAUAUUAUAUAUACACAUGUAUAUGUUAAGACACUAAACCAACUAAACUGUACUUAUUAUCAAAAUGUGACAGAACAAACAAAAUACGCCUCGAUGCAGGCGAGUUUACAAUUUUGUAAUAGCUUUCUAAGUCGCAUAAAGUUACUAAACUAACGAUUUUAGUAAAUAAACACCAUAACUUGUAUGUUUCCAAUAA